AUGGGCUCCGGACGCGGAGAAACUCCCUCAACAUCCAUCUCCAUCUUCCCAUUCACUGGAGGGCAAGACAAAAGCGGAGCGGAGACUUGGCAGCAGCGCCCGGUGGCUCCUCAGCUGCCCGUGGCACGCAUGGCUCGCCGAGGAGGGGCCGCCUCCCGCGCGCCCUCCCUCCUGCCACCCUUGGCCCGCGCUCCCCGCAGCUCCGCUCGCCUGCUCGGCUCCGGCACUGGCGGCGUCUGGGCCGGGUAGCGCGAAGAGCGGGUGGCCGCGUGUCCUUGGAGUGGUGGCCUUCAGGCGCCCCCGGCAGUCCCGCUAAGCAGAGCGCAUCCGGGCGGCGGCGGCGGCGGCGGCGCCUCCCCGCUGCGCGCCCAGCCCCGCGGCCGCUCGGGGACUUGCUCUCCAGCCCGGCCUCGGAUCGUCGCAGCUUUCCAGCGUCUCCUGGGGCCCCUCAGCGUUUCCCCUCCCUUCCAACCUUCUGAACAAAGUUACUGGAAGAACAAACCAGAUCGCCAGGAUCUGCCCGGCGAAACUGGCGAGAAUAGGGAAUCAGAGGGUCGAUGGGGGAGGAGGAGGGAGAAGCGAGAAGUCGCUGCCAGGCAUUUACUGCAAUGUGCCCGGGGUGGGCGCCAGCUGGGCGCCGUGUCUCCCUAG